UUAUUUGGGGCUCCUUCGUAUUAUGUUACCGCGAAAGAAAGAAGAAAGAGAAGGAAAGGAGUUAAAAAAAAUAUUCAACUGUCUCGUAAUAGAUUACAGUCAAGCAUAACACAGCAGGUAGACAUCUAGCUACGUUCGUAUACCCGGUGAAAGAAUUACGUAAAAUCAAAGUUAUAGAAAAAAAGUUCGAUGAUCGAAUUAUACCCGCGGCUAAAAGCUAUCGAGGAUCUUAGCGCAUAAGGUAUAGACUAGAGUUUAUAUUAUAGCAGGUGAUAAUAAUAAUUUUCUUGAUAUAAAAAUUCAUUAAUUAUUUUAACACAUUUAGAAUCCAUCCUAUUUAUCCAUCUUUUAGAGUCCGUGCAUUUUAUAUUGGUAACUACAAUAAUUCUUGUCUAGUAGCUGCAAGCAAAAGCCAAGAAAAAUAGAUAGCUGUAGAAAGUAAUGUAGCAGAGAAAUUUACGUCGAGAGAGGAUAGACUCUCGAAGCUGGCAGUAUAGACACGGGAAAGAUUCUAAAAUAUUGUCAACAUUGACAAUAGCGUGUAGACAGGUUUUUCAUACUAACAUUAUAGGACUGUACCUAUAAUUAUAUUUGCUAUUCAACCAAUUUUAAUAUCCCAAGCAAUUCUCUUGGGUGAAGAAAAAUAUUAAAUAUCUUCUCAUAACAGUCAUUGUGGACGCUCCUGAACACAUGGAGACGUUACGUGUCUCGUGGAGCAAGUACAGAAUUACAAAUCCGCACGGACCCACAUCAUUGACAAAUCUUCUUGAAAUUUAUUACUUCCUUAAAGUUACAAAGAAUUUGGCCUUGCAUAAAGAUACUGAGCAACCAACAUAAAAAAUGACUGGAAUCCACGUAUAAAACAAAAGAGUCACUUUGCUCGUAUCGCUUGGUUACUUUUCAAGUUGCUUAAAUAGAAUGACAUCAUCUAAAUGGUUAAGCCAUUAGUAGAAUAUGGAUGUGCUAUUGUGCCUGGCACGAGAAGAAGAAUAUUUUACCUAGGGUAUACUGAAGUAGUCACAUCAGUUCAGUCUAGAACAGUGAACAGGGUUAACGGAAACAGAGGAAGCAACAGUGUCGCGAUGAAAUUCCGUAAAUCGAGUAAAAUCGAAGAUCAACCAGAAGCAGAGAAAGAUUCCGCGCUUCUUACAAUGGCCGCAGACGAUGCUAUCGUCAUUCGGAACGCUCGAAAAAGCUAUGGGAAAGGAGUGCAAAUUCUCGAUGAUUUGAAUAUGAUCGUGAAACGUGGUUCGAUGUAAGUAGAAUUGUGUUCACCUUAUGUAAUCUUUACCUACGUUGCUAUAUUACGUCAUGAAAUUAAUCUAUCCAAAUGGAUAUCCACUUAAUGUACUAACAGCAUCGCUAUCGUAAACGUACGUGGACCCUCUUAUUUCUCUAUUUUCUUUUGUGUGAUUCUCGGACUUUAGUUAUGCGUGCGUUAUGAUAUUUCUAUAGUUAGGACACGAGAGCAAGUUUUUUGAAGUGGAAAGUGAAAGGAUUCCUGGACACGUAGCG